AUGAAGUACACCAUCGGCAUCAGCAGCGUAACCAAUGGAGGGAAAACCAUUAUCACCAACUGGCUGAUCAAGAACCUGCCCAACUGUUGUGUUGUACAUCAGGAUGACUUUUGCAAGCCCCAAUGUCAGAUUGAAGUUGGUGAAGAUGGCUUUAGGCAGGAUGAUGUCAUCAGUGCUCUGGACAUUGACGCCAUGAUGAGUAUGAUCUAUGCAUGGUUGGGCAACUCCAUGAAGUUUGAGAAGUCUCUUGGCGUCAGUAACACCCUGGAUACUGAGAUUGUCCCAAAGUCUGACCAUAAGGAGAAGGAGGAGACUCACAUCCUUAUUGUGGAGGGCUUUCUGCUUUAUACCUAUGGACCUUGA